AUGGCAUCUAUCAGCGAUCUUGCCACCGCGGCAAUGGCCUCAGAUACACCGUCUAAUGUGAAGCGCGGCGCGUUCAUCGUGCUAGAGGGCUUGGACCGCAGCGGCAAGACGACGCAGGUGAAGCUUUUGGAGCAGCGGUUCGUCGAGGAGGGGAAGAAGGUCAGGGUGAUGAGGUUUCCUGAUAGGACGACGCCAAUCGGCCAGAUGAUUGAUGCGUAUUUGAAGAGCGAUGUGCAGAUGGAGGACCACGUUAUUCAUUUGCUAUUUAGUGCAAAUCGCUGGGAGGCAGUGGACCAGAUCAAGUCCCUCCUUGCGGCGGGCACAACCGUGAUAUCGGACCGCUUCUAUCACUCCGGCAUCGUGUACUCUGCCGCCAAGCUGAACCCUUCGCUCCCGCUGUCGUGGGCGCGCGCACCGGAGCGCGGGCUGCCGCGGCCGGACGUAGUUCUGUUCCUGGAUCUGGACGAGGAGACGGCCAGGGCCCGCGGCGGCUGGGGCGGCGAGCUCUACGAGAAGGCUGAGAUGCAGAAGAGGGUGCGGGAGCUGUUCUGGGGUCUGAGCAUGGGCGGCAAGGACAUCCAGGGACAGGAGAUGCUGGCCGGGCUGGGGGGGCUGGAGGGCGCGCAGUGGAGGCAGGAGGAGGAGGACCUGGUGGUGGUUGAUGCGGGAGGGAGCGUGGAGGAGGUGGCGGACAGGAUUUGGGGCACGGUGGAGGGGAGAGUUGCGCAGGUUGAGAGGGGGGAGGUGGGCAGGACGGUGAGGAUUGUGCAGUAG